AUGACAACCGCCACAUCCAUCCUCACGUCCAAACCCACCCAAAUCUCCAUCGCCACCAACCCCUCCCACGACCUCCUCAUCCAGCGCCAAGACGCCUCCUCAAUCCCUGACCCCAAACCGGGCGAAUGUCUCAUCCACGUGCGCGCGACGGGGAUCUGCGGGAGCGAUGUGCAUUUCUGGAAGGAAGGGCGGAUCGGGGACUCGGUGAUUCAAGGGGAGUGUGGACUGGGACAUGAGAGUGCCGGCGUGGUGGUGGGGUUGGGGGAGGGGGUGGAGGGGUUCGAAGUUGGUGAUCGAGUCGCCCUAGAAUGCGGCAUCCCCUGCUCCAAACCCACCUGCGAACCCUGCCGCACAGGCCGCUACAACGCCUGCCCCUCCAUAAUCUUCUACUCCUCCCCGCCCAUCAACGGCACCCUCCGCCGCUACCACGCCCACCCAUCCGCCUGGCUGCACAAACUCCCCGCCACCAUGACCUUCGAAGAAGGCGCGCUGCUCGAACCCCUCUCAGUCGCCUUAGCAGGGAUCGAACGCUCCGGGCUCCGCUUGGGGGAUCCGCUGGUAAUCUGCGGCGCGGGCCCGAUCGGGAUGGUGAGUUUGCUGGCGGCGAAUGCGGCGGGGGCGGCGCCGGUGGUGAUUACGGAUAUUGAUGAGAAUCGGCUGGCGAUGGCGAGGAGGUUGGUGCCGAGGGUGAGGACGGUGUUGGUGGAGAGGGGCGUGGAGAGUCAGGCCGUGGCGGGUAGGAUUAAGAGGGCGUUGGGCCAGGAGGCGAAGUUGGUCAUUGAGUGUACGGGCGUGGAGAGUAGUAUCCAUGCGGGGAUUUAUGCCUCCCGUUUCGGCGGCACAGUCUUCAUCAUCGGCGUCGGGAAGACAUUCCAGGAAAUUCCCUUCAUGUACGCUUCCUUCCGGGAGAUCGAUAUCAGAUUCCAGUUUCGCUAUCGCGAGACGUAUCCCAAGGCCAUUAUGCUUGUCUCGGAGGGAUUAAUUGAUUUGAAGCCUUUGGUGACGCAUCGAUUUACGCUGGAGCAGGCGCAGGAGGCUUUCGAUGCGGCUUCGACGCCAUCGGCGAAGGCGGUGAAGGUGCAGUUAUUGGAUGGUUGA